AUGACUUUCACUCUCUCAUGGCGCCAGGCCGCCGUGGCAGCGUUACUGUUCAAUGCGGCGGUAACGGCCAACUACGAUACUCGGCGGAAUAAUGAAGCCUCGGAAGAUACAAAGCGGGCUUUGAAUGUUGCCUCUGUAAAGGCUCGAGGCCUAAAUGUCAGAAACUUUGUACAGAAGUUGGACGUUGACAGUGUAUUGUCUGCCCUCGGCAGCAAUAACAAGGCACAAGGCGAUGGAACUCCGAAUGUAGCUCCUCUUGCUGCUGAAGGGGCUGUUCCUGCCGCUCCCCAAGCUCAAACCGCAGCACCACCGGCACCGGCUGCGGGACAGGCUCCUCCUCCUCCUCCCCCGGCAAAUGGCGCGGCACCACCACCACCACCACCUCCGGCGAACGGUGCGCCACCUCCGCCUCCCGAUCCAAACGCCGCCCCUCCUCCUCCUCCUCCAGCGAAUGGUGCUCCUCCACCACCGCCUGACCCAAAUGCGGCUCCUCCGCCUCCGCCUCCUGCGAAUGGUGCUCCCCCGCCACCACCACCUAACGGAGCACCACCGCCGCCUCCUGAUCCGAAUGCUGCCCCUCCAGACCCGAACGCGCCUCCUCCACCACCUCCUGAUGGAGCCCCGCCACCGCCUGAUCCAAACGCAGAGCCACCACCGCCUCCUCCUGAGGGAGGCCCAGCUCCUGAUCCGAACGCCCCUCCCCCGCCGCCCCCUGAUGGAGGUCCUGCUCCCGAUCCCAAUGCUCCCCCCCCACCACCUCCGGACGGUGAGGCGCCUCCCCCUCCUCCUGAUGAUGGACCUCCACCACCACCCCCAGAUGGUGGACCGGCUCCUGACCCUAACGCUCCUCCUCCACCGCCACCUGAGGUUGAGGGAGCACCACCACCACCGCCCGAGGCUGCUCCAGCUGUAGCCGGUGAGCCUCUGGCGCCUUUGGCCGUGGGAGCUCCUCCUCAACCUGCUGCAGCUCAACCUCCUCCUCCUCCCGCUCUCGCAGGCAAUGGAACUGACCCUGCCGGCAAGAAGAAGGGAAAGAAGGGCAAGGGCAAGGAUGACGCCGGCAAGAAAGCAAGGGAUGAUGCAAAGAAGGCAAGGGAUGAAGCCAAGAAGAAAGCGGAAGGACACCUAGCAGGUGCUGCCGGCCCCGGCCAGGCCGCCGCCAACGGAACAGCACCUGCACCUCCGGGCAAGAAGGGAAAGAAGGGCAAGGACGCCAAGGGCAAAGACGCAAAGAAGCUGAAGGAUGGAAAGGGCAAGGGGGCGAUUCCCGGAGCCGCAGGUAAUGGCACUGAAGCCGUUGGGCCGGACGGGAAAGCCAAGAAGGCUAAGAAGGCUAAGGGCAAGGCCGCGCUUCUUCCAGGGGCGGCCGUGAACGGCACCGCGCCAGCAGGUCCAGAUGGCAAAGCCAAGGGCAAAGGCAAAGACGAUGACCCUGAGGCGAAGAAGAAGGCCAAGGAUAAUGGCCUCGAGGGUGCCGCUGGACCCGCUGAGGAAGCCGCGGGUGGACCUGAAGGCAAAGGCAAAGGGAAAGAUGACGACCCUGAGGCUAAGAAGGCAAAGGAAGCGGCCGCUGGGGGUGAGGGAGCAGCAGCCGCAGGGAAAUCGGCCGGAGCGGCAUUUGAAAGACGUCGGCGAGCGAGCUUCGUGAAGCGGCGAAACCUCAUGUCCAAUUUCGGCUGGUGA